AUCCCUUAUAAUAUUAAUUAAGGAUUCAGCACCAAAUUUUGCCCAUUGAGCUACAUGGGAAUCUAGUUCAGUCAGGAGCCCUGCUGCACAAUGUCAUUCACUGAAGUCCUAACCAUCAUUGGUGGAUUCAUGGUUGUUUUCCACCUACUGAAACUGGCCUGGAGAUGUUGGUGUGGACUAAGAGAGUUUGUGUUGUCAGAGCUUUGGCAAGAGGAUUUAAGGACAUAUGGACAAUGGGCAGUUGUCACUGGUGCCACAUCUGGCAUAGGUAAAGCUUAUGCCAGUGAGUUGGCGCAGAGAGGCCUAGAUGUCAUUUUGAUAAGCAGAUCUGAUGAUAAGCUUCAAAUGGUUGCCAAAGAGAUAGAGGAUCGUUAUGGACGAAAGACUCGCAUCAUCCAAGCAGACUUCACAGAAAGCAAUAGCAUCUACCCUGCUAUAGCCAAGGAACUACAGGGCCUGGAGAUUGGAAUUCUGGUCAACAAUGUAGGAAUGACCUAUUCUGAUCAUUUUGCCUAUUUCCUGGAAAUACCAGAUGCUGAACAGAAAAUCACUCAGGUUAUCAACUGUAACAUGCUGUCUGUCCCUCAGAUGACCAGACUUGUUCUUCCAGGCAUGAUUGAAAGAAGGAAAGGCUUGAUCAUCAAUAUCUCCUCUGAAGUGGGCAUCCGUCCACAGCCUUUGUUGUCCCUUUAUUCUGCCACCAAGAUUUUUGUUACAUAUUUCUCACAGUGUCUGCAUGCUGAGUACAAGUCAAAGGGAAUUACAGUUCAGUGUGUGGCUCCCUUCAUGGUGUCCACCAACAUGACUAACAACAUGAACGUCAACUACUUUGUAAAAAGUGCUUCAGGGUUCGCCCAUGAAGCCUUGAACACUGUGGGUCACUCCAGCUACACCAGCGGAUGUCUAUCCCACGCACUCCAGGUCAGAGAGAUGAGUGACUACGAUCACCUACAUAUUGUCAGCUGCUGCAAUAUCUUAAUGUCUCACCUUCUCUUUCCUGUCAUCCCACAGGACAUGGCUCUCACAAUACUCAUGCCGGACUGGAUUCGUAUGUCAUCAUUCCUCAUCAGAAAACUACGAAACCUCGCAGAGAUGAAUGAACAUGAAAUACAAGCGUGCAGGGAAGAGAAGCUCAGAGAAAAGGAGGAAUAAUCAUCUGCACAGAAGCUGAAGUUCACUAAAUGAAUGACAUGAAUGUUGGUUUUUGCAGCUGAAUAUGACCAUUAUAAAAGGUUAUCUUCAUUGUAGGUCCACUGCAGAUACCUUAAAUAUUUAUAAUAUCAUAGCAGAGUUAAAGGCAACACUAUGCAUAUAAAUAUAGUUAUGUUUUGUUAUUUGUUUAUUCUUAAUUAUUGCAUGAUGUUUUAAUUAUCUAUGGAGGCGAACAUGUACAAAAGCCUUAUUCACUCGACCUUUAAGUAGCACUGAGUCACAACAUCUGCAGGGAAACAUUAACAGAGUUUGUCCCUCUAUUGUUGCUAUUGCUGUAUAGUAUUAUUACACUUGACAGAUCUGCAGACACAAUUUGCAAUUAAGCAAUCUUUUAAAUACAUAGUCUCUUACAAUGAUACAAUAUAACAGUUGCAAAGAUAACAAUACACAGUACAUUUGACCUAUAUUUACUCCUGUGUACAGUGGGGUCCAAAAGUCUGAGACCACAUUCCCAUUCAAGUGAAUUAGUAAACAAGAGUCAGUCAUUUAAGGCUUUCAGUGACCAUUAAUCACAACUCAUGACGGAACAUGGUAAAAAGGUAAAGCCAAGUCAUGCAAGAUGCUUUUUCAGCAACUUUCUAUGUACAGUUUGUUAAAGAUCCAUGCAGUGUUGGAUGCUGUAAAACAAAACAUGACAAGAGUACUGUAACAUUUUACUCAUUUUACCCAUAUUGUAUUUUGUAAAUGUGGUUAAUUAUUUGCUGAGUAAAAAUAAGAGAACUUACUCUGGUUUCAACCUUGACUUGGUCAAAAUCAUCCUUGGUCCUGACUGAGACUGAAUUCACAUGCUCUUCAUUAUUUUUUAGUAACUCAAAAGUAACCAUGUGUAACCCUUUUUGGUGUAUUUUUGACAGUUUGCAUUGUGAAGCACAAAAGUCCCAUGUUUUUUUUUAAGUUAGCAUAUAAACCAGCAAUCAAUGCUAUUAUUCUGAGCUCCAAUGUACACAACAGUUCCCUUUGUGAAUACUGGAGAUACACAUGUAACAGCAAAAGUGCAUGGAGAACAAAUAUCAGAACUCGGUUCAGUGCAGAAACAAAAAGCCUUUUGAUCACUUGGUCCAACAACCAGCAGAAAUGUUAGAAUGAAGGAAAAAGCAAGCAACAAAAACACAAAGGACUUAAAAAGAUGAAGAAUUCGUAUGAAUUAAUACAAAAUCCUUUUUCGAAACUGAACCAAUAAUAUAUUUACCAUGGUCAAUCGGUAUCACAAAACACCACAGAUUUAUAAUUUCAUCCCUGAAAUUAUAUACAGUCAUUUCUAUAUUCAGUGUCCUAGACAACCCGUAAUGUUCAAAACAAAUUGUGUUUUUGUUCUGAAGAGACUUUGACACAUUUUCAUCUGUCUCAUGUGAAAAGACAGACCUAAAGACCUUAAGCUAAUGCAAACAAGAGGUUAUAUCACAAACAUGACCAAAAGAUGCUAGUUUCUGCCAUUUCUUGGCUAAAUCACCAAGCCAGUUCAAGUAUAUGAAAAUAAGAAAUUAUCCUAGAAUUUAUACUUUCACCUAAAUAAACAGCAAAGUCAGAUGAGACUUUGCUGCACAUACAAUAUCAAAUGAUAUAACAUGAACAAAACUCC